UGCACCGCACGCUAUUCGUCCCUCCAAAUCCGAAACUUCGAAACCCACACACACAACUCAAAACAGCAAGCGCUUGCUUUGCUCCUUCGUUUCCUCCUCUCUCACUAGGGGCUAGGGUUAGGGUUAGGGUUUUGCGUGCUUGCUUGGGGUUCAAACCCUAGCUGCAGCAAUGGCCAGGUACAGAAGCCGAAGCAGAAGCUACAGCCCUCGUCGACGCAGCCGGACUCCGCCACGUGGACGCAAGCGAUACGACGACGACCCUCGUGAUCGCUACCGUGAAAGCAGGUCUUACAGAGACCGUCGCUCACCCGCUCCUUCUGGCCUGCUCGUUCGAAAUCUUCCUCUCGAUGCCAGGCCUGAAGAUCUUAGGAUCCCAUUUGAGCGAUAUGGCCCAGUGAAGGAUGUGUAUCUUCCUAAGAAUUACUACACUGGGUAG